AUGAACGGCACCUCUGCGCCUACCGUUGAGCCCAACGGAGCUGCCUCGGCAGCGCGACCCAGGGAGAACGGCCGUUCAACAUCGAAUGAUGCUACCAGGAGCGACGACGACGAUCAACGACCGUUGAGCGCGCCAAACCGGCGCAACGGAAGCAUAGCGCUCGAGACAAAAGACGACAUCGAGCAUCACCAGAAAACGCGGCCUGCCAAGCCAAUGCUCCUCCGGUCGAAGAGUGACUACGCGCCCCGGGCGAUGGAAGAGCCUGAGCCAACAGAAGAUGACAUACCUGAAUGGGGUGCUAGACAUGGGUUCGAGGAUCAUUAUCAAUCGGAGGACAUCAUUUCCCAGCUGGCGAAUCUCAAGACCAACCCAGGUGCGAAGCUCGAGGCAUGGACAGAUCCCACAAUACCUCCCAUACAGAAAGCCCUCGAGAAUAUCGGCAAGUCACUUCAGGCGCAGUACGAGACACUUGCGAUAAGAGCGCGGUACAAACAAUACCUCGAUCCAUCCGUCGAGGAGACAAAGAAAUUCUGCAUCUCAUUACGGAGAAAUGCUAAGGAUGAACGUGUUUUGCUUCACUACAACGGUCACGGCGUGCCCAAGCCAACCGCAUCAGGUGAAAUCUGGGUUUUUAAUAAGAAUUACACUCAAUACAUCCCUGUAUCGCUGUACGACCUGCAACAUUGGCUUCAAGCUCCCACCAUCUUUGUCUGGGAUUGCUCUGAAGCAGGCAACAUUCUCAACAACUACCAUCGAUUUGUUGAGAAGCAUGAAGAAGAGGAGGAGGAGGCCGCAGAGCGCGACCCAAACUACACGAAAACCAAUUUCAGGCCUUAUAUUCAUCUGGCAGCCUGCGCUGUCAAAGAGAAUCUCCCGACAAACCCUCUUUUGCCUGCUGACCUGUUCACAGCUUGCCUCACCACUCCCAUUGAGAUGGCUCUGUGGUUCUUCGUUCUACAGAACCCCCUCAAGACCAACAUCAGCCCAGAGCGGGCAAAAAAACUACCUGGUCGCCUGCAGGAGCGACGAACACCACUGGGAGAACUCAAUUGGAUCUUCACUGCUAUCACAGACAGCAUUGCGUGGACAACACUGCCUCGUGAUCUCUUCCGGAAAUUCUUUCGACAAGACUUGAUGGUGGCGGCGCUGUUCCGCAAUUUUCUUCUUGCCCAACGCGUUAUGACGGUCUAUGGAUGCCACCCUCAGUCUUAUCCUAAGCUACCCGACACCCACCAACAUCCAUUGUGGGAGACCUGGGAUCUAGCCGUUGACAUGGCGUUGGCCCAGCUGCCCAUGCUUGAAAAGAAAGAGAGCGAAGGCUUUGAUUAUGAAUAUCAAAAUUCAACAUUCUUCACAGAACAGCUUACUGCUUUCGAUGUUUAUCUUACGAGAGGUGAUGCGAUGGCUCAAAAGUCACCCGACCAGCUACCGGUUGUGCUCCAGGUACUGCUCAGCCAGCAACAUCGGGUUCGUGCUCUUAUCUUACUCGGCCGGUUUCUUGACCUAGGCCCGUGGUCUGUUCAGCUCGCCCUCAGUAUAGGCAUUUUCCCUUAUGUCCUCAAACUCUUGCAGUCGGCUGCGGCCGAGCUGAAGCCAGUUAUGGUCUUCAUCUGGGCUCGUCUGAUCGCAGUGGACCUUUCUUGCCAGCAGGACCUCAUCAAGGAUAGCGGCUAUAGCUAUUUUGCACAGAUUCUGAAACCCUCCGAAGGAUUGCCUGUUGUUGACAGCGACGAACACAAGGCAAUGUGCGCUUUUAUUCUCGCUAUGCUAUGCAAGGAUUACAAGAAUGGACAAAUGGUCUGUAACCAAACAGAGAUCAUGUCAUAUUGUUUAACUCAUCUUCAAAAUGAGGAGAACCCCCUUCUGCGCCAGUGGGCUUGUCUCUGUAUAAGCCAGCUUUGGCAAGACCUCCCAGAAGCCAAGUGGCGGGGAAUCAGGGAGAAUGCAUAUGUCAAGCUCGCUUAUCUCGUGAGAGAUCCUUGUUGCGAGGUUCGGGCAGCGAUGAUCCAUGCCAUGACUACAUUUUUGGGUAUUCCUGAUCUGACAGAGGAAGUGGCCCGUAUUGAGGAGUCUAUUGCAUGGACGAUACUCGACAUGGGUAAUGAUGGAAGCCCAAUGGUCCGCAAGGAGUUCAUUGUGUUUCUUUCUCAUUUUGCUAUUCGCUUUGAGAGCAAGUUUCUAGUCGCAGCUUACGAACAACUGGUUGAGGAGAAGGAGUAUCUCAUAUUCCCUCCUCAGGAUGACGGCCAGGAACACAAGAUGGGCUUGCAUUACGCAAGACCGGAUAAUCGCAACAAAGAUGGUACCAUCAAGCCAAUGGCCCAUGGUCUAUCUCAUAACACAGUGUAUAUGGCGUUGUGGAAGCUGGCUCUCGUUCUCAGUGUGGAUCCUCAUCCUGAGGUACAGCGCGAAGCGACUAUCGUUGUAGACUUUGUUCACAACGCGCUGCUCAGCUCAAAAGUCGGAGUUCAGACGCAGCUGGUCAUGGCCGAAAUUCGAAAGCGUACGGCAAGGACGGCACACAAGCAUGCUCCGAGUGCAAGCCAGCGAAACAAUUCUCCCGGCACUUCUAACUCGCAGCCUUUGCCCUCACCAGGACUCCUUCGUCGAACUGCGAGCCUGCUUUUUCCAUCACUGGUAACCAACGAGGACAAAUCAAGACCAACGACCCCGACUUUGCCCCGAUCACCAUCUCUGAAACUCACACCGAACCAAAUACCGGUGCCUGCAGAGCAAAACGAUCGACCAUCAUCGCUGGCUCAAUACAAUGUUGCGCAUGAACCCUAUUCAGGCGCAUACAAAGAGCGGGAUCUGAUGAAGCCUCCUGUACUGCCUCUCAAGAGCAAAUUCCUGGAAUGGUCAAUUGAGUAUUUCCGUGAACCACAAAUGAAGCCGAGUGAGGCAGAUGAGCCUGGAAGUACCGAAUACAAUGAGCGUCUUUGGCGAAGAGCUCGGAAUGAAACCAUUUUCAGAGAAACUCAGCCAUUGAAGCAACAAGCGGGAAGUCACAAAUGGAAUAAUCAGCUUGGGAUCAUCAACAAUGGCGCUCAACCCGCUAAGAUGACCUUCCAUCAAUUCGAAGAUCAUCUUGCUGUAGCGGACGAUGGCAACACUGUUUACGUAUGGGACUGGAAGAAGCAAGGACGAUUGAGCCGUUUCAGUAACGGUAAUCCAGAAGGCUCAAAAAUCAGCGACAUGAAGUUCAUCAACGAAGACGACCAGGCGAUGUUACUGACAGGAUCAUCUGACGGUGUGAUCAGAGUUUAUCGCAACUACGAAUCGGAUCGAGCCAUUGAACUUGCAUCAUCCUGGCGUGCCUUGACACACAUGGUCCCUAGUAACGUCAAUUCUGGUAUGGUGUUCGACUGGCAACAAGUCACUGGUCGAGUCCUUGUGGCUGGUGAUGUCCGAGUAAUUCGAGUGUGGUAUGCCGCUUACGAGACGUGUGUCAUGGAUAUUCCAGCACGCUCGGGUUCCUGCGUGACUUCGCUCACAUCCGAUCAAAUGACGGGUAAUAUGUUUGUGGCCGGCUUCGGCGACGGUGCCGUUCGAGUUUUUGACACCAGGAAUCGACCUCAGGAGUCCAUGGUGCGCAAAUGGAAGGAUGAGUCAGAUCGACAAUGGAUCAAGAGCGUGCAUAUGCAGCGCGGCGGGCAACGCGAGCUCCUGAGUGCAAGCAGAAAUGGCAAAGUCAAAAUCUGGGAUAUUCGCAUGGAUAAGCCGCUGCACUCAUUCCAAACGACACGAGACACACUUAGAACAGCCAGCACUCAUGAACAUUUACCAGUUUUUGCAGUGGGUACAUCAGCCCACGCAGUAAAGGUCUUUAAUCUUGAUGGGCAUGAGCUUUCGAAUGUUGAGCCCUAUUCAAGUUUCCUGCAACAGAACCGCAGCUCACCUAUAUCAGCCACUGCAUUCCACCCUCAUCGGCCAAUUCUUGGAUGUGCUGCACGAGGUGAUCAACAUAUCAACUUGUUCACUUGCGAGAAAUCGGAGUCUCUGCACCCAAGCUAG